AUGAAAAGAGUAACAGAUUCUAAAAUUAUUGAAAAUAAAUUAAAAAAUGAAAGUAAUUUAUCUGGGGUAAAUGGUAAUAUAGAAUUCAAUAAUGAAAAAAAAACAAAAAAAAAAAAAUUAAAUGAUAGUAACGACAAUGAAAACUUGAUAAAUAACUAUGAGAAUUUUAAUGAAAAUGAAAUUAAAAAAGAGAAAAUAGAAGAAAAUGAGAAGAAAACUGAAAAUAAAGAAAAUGAGAAGAAAAAUAAUGAAUUAAAAAAUGAAAUAAAGGUUACUGAGGAAUUAAAAGAUAAAGAUGCUAAAGCAAGCGCACUAACACUAGAAAUUUUAGGUGAUAUACCUGAUGCUGAUUUAAAGCCUCCAGAAAACAUUUUAUUUGUUUGCAAAUUAAAUCCUUUAACUGAAGAAGAAGAUUUGAAAAUAAUUUUCUCAAGGUUCGGAAAAAUAAAAUCAUGUAAAAUUAUCAAAGAUAAAGUUACUAAUAAUUCACUUCAAUAUGCUUUUAUUGAAUUUGAAAAAAAGGAAGAUUGUUUAAAUGCUUAUUUUGAAAUGGAUAAUGUUAUUAUUGAUGAUAGAAGAAUACAUGUUGAUUUUUGCCAAUCUCUAUCAAAAUUCAAAAACAAUGAUCCCCAAAACACAGUCAAAAAUGUGAUUAAUAAUCCCGAUAAACAAAAAUUUCAUGAUUCAAAUUCAAAUGAUGAACAAAGCAAUGAUGAUAAUAUAAGAAUAUUUAAGUAUGAAAGUGACAAUGAUGCAAGAGAAUAUGAAAUUAGUUCAGACGAAAGAAGAAAUUUUAAGUAUAGAAAAUAUGAAAUUGAAAACAAAAAAAACUUAUAUUCAAAAUAUAGGGAUAACAGUAGAGCUUAUCACAAUCAAAAGCAUAGAAAAGAUUCAUAUAAAUAUAAUAAUUACAAUAAAAAAUUUUCUAAAAACUUUUUUUAUAGAAAGAAUAAUAAUAAUAAUUAUAAUGAUAAAAAAACAUAUUAUAAAAAUAUAAAAAAAAAUACUAUUAAUAAAAAUAAUUAUUCAUCAAAUGAAUCAAAAAGAAAAAGUCUUGAUAUUUUAAAAAAUGAAUCUUACAAACAGAAUAGCCAUUCUUUUAGUGAGCAAAAAGAAAAAAAUAAACAUAUUAAAAGUCAACAUGAUAAAUUUACCAAAUCCUCAGAGGACUCUUCAAAAAUAGAUACAAAAUAUCACAAAGAUAAUAAGUGCAGUUUUAACGAUAGUAGAGAUGAUUCAGUUUAUAAUAAAGAAGAAAAAAAAAAAGAGGAUAAUUACAAAAAUAACUAUCCAAAAAACCAAAAUGAUUAUAAAAAGGACAGACGUGAUGAAAGUUCUGAUUCCUAUCAUCAACAAAAAAAAAACUGUGAUUAUGAAAGAAAAAGUGAAAAUAAAUUAAGUUAUAAAGUACAAAAAAAAAGUCAUAGAACAUCACUUAGUUCUUCAUGUAAAGAAGAAGAUGACCAUUCUAACAAAAAAGAAGCUAAAUAUUGUGAUAAAAAAAGGAAAUUUAACGAUAAAGAUGAUAUAAAAUAUUAUAAAGAAAAAUUUCACCAUAACAAAAAACAAAAAAAUUAUUCUAAUAAAGAUGAAGAAGAAAAAUAUAAAGAAAGUUAUCAAAGAUAUUCUGAAAAAAAUGAAAAAACAUAUUACUCAAAAGAGAAAGGAAAAUAUUAUAAACAUUAUGGUGAUGAUGAAGAAAAACCACAUAGAGAUAAAAAGAAAUAUAGUAGAAGCAAAUCAUAUAAUUUUAAUGAUAAUAAAAAAAAGUUUAAUAAAGAUGAAUUCCAUGAAUAUAAAGAAAAACUAUAUAACAGAAGUGAAUCACAUGAACACAAAAACGAAAAAUUAAAAUAUAAUAAAAAUGAGUUGGAUAAAAAUAAAGGGGAAAAAAAUAAAUAUAAUAGAAAUGAAUCGUAUGAAUACAAAAAUGAAAAAUCAAAAUAUUAUAAAAAUCAAUCUUAUAAAGAUGAAAAAAAUAAAAAUAAGAGAAGUGAAUCAUAUGAAUACAAAAAUGAAAAAUCAAAAUAUUAUAAAAAUGAGUCGUAUAAAUAUAAAGAUAAAAAAAAUAAAUAUAGUAAAGAUGAAUCAUAUAAACACAAAGAAGAAAAAAAAAAACAUAAUAAAGAUAAAUUACAUGAGCAUGAAGAUACAAAAAAACAUAUUUUAAAUCAUAAAUCACAUAAAUACAAAGAAGAAAAAAGGUAUAAUGGAGAAAAGUUACAUGAUAAUAAUAGUAAAAAUAAAUAUAGUAGUGAUAAAGAAAUAUAUGAAAAAGAUUACUACAAAAAUAAAAAAAAAAUAGAUGGUGAUACAUUGCCAUUUUAUAAAAAUUAUCACAAUAAAAAUGAUAAAUAUUCUGAUAAAAAAGAAAAUAAAUAUCAUAAUAAGGACAUUAAAUAUCAAGAAAAAGAAGAAUAUAAAUAUUGGAGUUUAGAUAAUAAAAAAGUAGAAUCUAAGGAAGAAAAUGAAAAAAAUAAUAAUGGAGAAAAGAUAAAUGAAGAAAGAGACCUUUAUCAUGAGAAAAAUAGAAAAGGAAAAUAUGUAGAUAUAAAGAAAUAUAAUAAUGACUAUCAUAAUUUUAGAAACAAUGAAGAAGUUAGAGAAAGAAAAAGACAUAAUUUUAAUGUUAGUUCUGAUGGAAGUUAUAACCCUUCUUUGAAAUAUAAUGUUAAAAAUAAAAAUAAUAGACAUAAAAAAAAUGAACAUAAAAAUUAUAAAAAGGAGACAUAUGUAGAAAAAAAAAAGUUAGAAAAGAAAAAUAUAAAUUAUGAUUCUGAUUAUGAAUAUAAUUCAUCUUGA